AUGACGACCAACGGGGCUCCGACUGAGUCGCAGAAAUACCUCUCCACCCGAGGCGGUGACUAUGACCUAUCUUUCGAGACUGUGGUCCUGAAGGGACUGGCUGCGGACGGUGGACUUUUCCUGCCGCAUGAGGUUCCGAGCGCAGAUAAUUGGCAAAGCUGGAAGGAUCUCAGCUACGCCGAUCUCGCGCUGAAGAUCUUCAGUCUCUACAUCUCGCCCUCCGAAAUUCCCACUGAAGACUUGAAAGGCAUCAUUGAUCGGAGUUAUUCAACGUUCCGUGCCGAAGACAUCACCCCGUUGGUUCACCUGCAGAACGAUAACCUCUACCUCCUCGAACUCUUCCACGGACCCAGCUACUCUUUCAAGGAUUGCGCUUUGCAAUUCUUGGGAAACCUUUUUGAAUAUCUACUCGUGCGAAAGAACCAGGGAAAACAAACAAAAGACAAGCACCAUUUGACUGUUGUUGGUGCUACGAGCGGUGAUACUGGUUCCGCCGCGAUCUACGGUCUCCGAGGCAAGAAGGAUGUAACGGUCACUAUCUUGCAUCCCAAGGGCCGUAUCAGUCCCAUUCAAGAAGUGCAGAUGACCACUUGCACGGAAGCGAAUGUCCACAACUUGGCCGUUACCGGGACAUUCGACGACUGCCAAGACAUUGUCAAGGCGCUGUUUGGCGAUGCCGACGCAAACGAGCACCUGAAAUUGGGCGCUGUCAACUCCAUCAACUUCUCGAGAAUUCUCGCCCAGAUCGUGUUCUACUACUUCUCGUAUUUCCAGCUUGCGAAGAAGUCGCCUUCGUUCAAGGUUGGCGACAAGGUCCGAUUUGUGACUCCCACCGGAAACUUUGGAAACAUCCUCGCCGGUUACUUUGCCCACAAGAUGGGUCUUCCCGUGGAUAAGCUGGUUGUCGCGACGAACGAAAACGAUAUUCUGCACAGAUUUUGGACGACCGGUCGUUACGAGAAGCACCCCGCUGAGGAGAAGGAGGCCGGCAAGCCCGACGCCUGCAAGGAGACUCUCAGCCCAGCCAUGGACAUUCUGGUGUCCAGCAACUUCGAGAGACUACUGUGGUUCCUGUCAAAGGAACACGCCUUGGCGAACGGCGCAGACAGCCGAGCCAGCAAGAAGCAAGCUAGCGAGGACAUCGUGUCCUGGUACCAGUCGUUGAAAUCCUCCGGCGGCUUCGGCCCCAUCCACCAGGACAUGUUGACAAACGGUCGCCAGAUCUUCGAGAGUGAUCGUGUCAGCAACGACGAGACCUCGGCGACCAUCAAAUCAUGCUACCAAGAGACCAAGUACGUGCUUGAUCCGCACACCUCGGUGGGUAUCACGGCUGCCCACCGAUCGAUUGCUCGCACGGGCGCCACACAUCACAUCUCGCUCUCUACCGCCCACCCGGCCAAGUUCUCCGACGCGGUCGCCACGGCCUUGAAGGAUGAGGCUGGCUUUGACUUUGAUUCGCAGGUGCUGCCGGAUGAGUUGAAGGCGCUCUUGCAGAAGGAGUCUCGCGUGACGCAGGUGGAGAACUCGUGGGAGGCCGUGCGGGAGAUCAUCAAAGCCCAGGUCCAGAAGGAGCUGAAGGAAGAGGAGAAUCAGUCUUAG